UUCCUCUGACCAAAACCAUCAUAAAUGAAUAACUGUCUUAGAAGGACUACGACAAUUCAACCCUCCUUUUCCUUGCUCAAAAUUUUCCCGCGAACCAAACACCAAGCAACUUUCCUCUCCUCUUUGACGCCACAAUACGGAAAUGCCAAUCCACAUAAAGAAUCCACUCCGCCCAAUAAUUCCCUACCGCAAAGAACCCACUUGGUUCCCCCCAGUUACGUGAAUAAAUCUCCACCGCUUGAUCAAAAUAUCGUUUCGUCGAAUAAGCUGAUCACGAGACUCAUUCGAUCUGGCGAUUUGGAUUCUGCUCUUAGAGUUUUUGAGUAUAUGGUAGUUAAGACUACGAUCACUUGGAAUUCGAUUUUAGCUGGGUUUUCGAAGAAGCCUGGCAAAAUGAAGGAAGCCCAGGAACUGUUUGUGAAAAUUCCUGAACCAGAUUCUGUUUCUUAUAACACCAUGUUGGUUUGUCAUCUUCAGAAUUGCGGUGUUUUUUCUGCCAUGAAAUUCUUUAACAAGAUGCCCGUGAGGGACACUGCGUCUUGGAACGCGAUGAUUUCGGGUUUUGCCCAGAGCGGAGAGAUGGACAAAGCACGCGAAUUGUUCCUCGAGAUGCCGGAGAAGAACGGUGUCUCGUGGAGCGCCAUGAUUUCGGGAUAUGUUGAAUGUGGGGAUUUGGACUCUGCUGUGGAGUUGUUUGAGUUGGCAUCCGAAAAGAGUGUUGUAGCGUGGACUGCAAUGGUCACUGGUUACAUGAAGUUUGGGAAGAUUGAAUCGGCAGUGAAAUUGUUUCAUGACAUGCCUAUCAAAAAUAUAGUGACAUGGAAUGCAAUGAUUGCGGGCUAUGUUGCAAAUUGUCGCGCCGAGGAAGGUUUGAAGCUUUUUCGGGCAAUGAUUGGAUUUGGAGUUAGACCAAAUUCGUCGAGUCUUAGCAGUGUUCUACUCGGGUGUAGUAACCUAUCUGCACUGCAAAUGGGCAAGCAAGUACAUCAGUUGAUUUAUAAAUCCAAUUUGUGUUAUGAUACAACUGCAGGGACUUCAUUGAUUAGCAUGUACUGUAAAUGUGGAGAUUUGGAGGAUGCCCAGAAGUUGUUUCUUGAGAUGCCUAGAAAAGAUGUUGUUACUUGGAAUGCAAUGAUUAGCGGUUAUGCUCAGCAUGGGGCAGGUCUAGAAGCUCUCAAUCUGUUUGAUAAGAUGAGAAAAGGGGGAACAAAACCCGAUCGAGUCACUUUUGUGGCAGUUUUAUUAGCCUGCAAUCAUGCCGGAUUAGUACAUACCGGUAUUCAAUAUUUUGACUCCAUGGUAAGGGACUAUGGAAUCGAACUUAAGCCCGAGCACUAUACAUGUAUGGUUGACCUUCUCGGCCGAGCUGGUAGGCUUGUUGAAGCUGUAGCUUUGAUAAAGAAAAUGCCAUUUGAACCAAAUCUUGCUAUUUUUGGAACCCUCUUGGGUGCUUGUAGGAUUCACAAGAACUUAGAGCUGGCUGAGCAUGCUGCCAAGAAUCUCCUUCUUCUUGAUCCAUCAAGUGCAGCUGGCUACGUCCAGCUUGCUAAUGUUUAUGCUGCGGCGAGCAGAUGGGAUUGCGUGUCAAAAGUUUGGCGGGCAAUGAAAGAAAAUAAGGUAGUUAAGACACCGGGGUACAGUUGGAUUGAGGUAAAGAGUGUAGUUCAUGAGUUCAGAUCAGGUGACAGGGUUCAACCAGAACUAGCGUCUAUACAUGAAAAACUAGACGAGUUGGACAAGAAAAUGAAGUUGGCUGGCUACGUUCCUGAUCUUGAAUUCGCAUUGCAUGAUGUGGGACAGGAGCAAAAAGAGCAGCUUCUGUUACGGCACAGCGAAAAGCUAGCAAUCGCUUUCGGGCUCCUGAAAGUGCCCGAGGGGAUUCCAAUCCGAGUUUUCAAAAACUUGAGAGUUUGUGGGGAUUGCCAUAGUGCUACCAUGUUCAUCUCAGCAAUAGAGAAACGGGAAAUUAUUGUUAGAGAUACUACAAGGUUUCACCAUUUUAAGAAUGGGACAUGCUCUUGUGAUGGCUACUGGUAAAAUUCCUGCAGAAUUCCUGCUUCGCCAGGAGUUUCAUCGAAAGUCGCAGUAUAUCGAUCAAUAAAGGGUGUUCUUUUCUUUUGACAAUUAUUAUUAUUAAUAAUAAAGUGAAUCUCCUUGCAGAUCGUAGUUGAUUAGGAUGGUCCAACUUUGGCUUAAUUUGGUUUCAAAAUUGUUUACAUUCCUUUCCUAAUGUUUACU